CCCGGCGUUUACGCAUGCGUGGUGUGGGAGCUUUCAGUCCAAGCAAAACCUUCGAGUUGCACGGUAGAAAACGUGCAGAAUGCGUGACCCACAAGGACAAUACAGUCCGAGCCUCAGCUGCGGAACGCACGGGUGUGGGCUUCUGUAGUUUCGAAUCACAUCGCAGUUCCCGGUGAACAUAACAGUUGCGGCAAAUCGCCUGGUGUUGUAGGCGACAUAUUAUAAUGGCAUUGCCAAACCGGAAAGAUUAGAUGAGCUACGCUGAGGCUAUACUUAAUGCAUGAGGCGACGACGCCAGGAUGACUUUCUGCCUCAACCCGCUGUCUGUGACCAGCUGCGAUUUUUUCUUUCCUCGCGAUCGCGCACAUCUUCCCACGAAAACAAAUCUCACCGUCGCCGGCAACAUGACUUUGUCGGCGUCAACAUGCCAAGCGCCCAGAGGGUGCCCCGACUGAGACUUCCUCUCACAAUUUACCGCCCCUUACAAAAGAAUGAACACCAGCCCUUGGCGACAACAAUUUCCUCUGGGACAUUGGCGAUGGUGAUGCCGACAACGCUUCGUGCCCGUGCCAGGCCCGUGCGGCAUGGCAUGACCCGGAAAGAAGGGCUGGUGAAGCUCCUCCUGGGCUACGCCAAAGAUGGCGACGUGGCGGGAAUGGGACCUCCUCCAAGCCCCAAGAUGGGUCAAUUGAACCUACGACUCCCAUCUCUUUCUCCCUGCUCUCGCAACAACGAGCAGCAGUAGCACCAACCCCACCACUGGCCCGCGCAACGUACAUACGUAAACUUUGCUGUCUGGAUUCGGAAUGCGCGUGAGGAAACGCGACGAUUAGGUCCGAAGUCCACGAUCACGAUGACGCUGGUGUUGCGCUCGGUGUUCUACGAGGCGGGCCUCACCGUCCGGCCUCACAACGCUUUCUCGGCAUCCCACAACCCGAAGCAAACGCGGCAUACUUUCUCACUCACCGCCUGCAACCCGUCCGUAGUAUCGUGGCACCAUCGAUGCAGAAUAGGCAGAAUCUCCCCCUCGCCGUCUGCACUUCGUUUUGCAGUAUCCUAACACUCCAAUGCGGCGAGUCGAUGAGCGUAGUCUUGUUUACAUUUAUUAUAUUGAUUUGGCCGUGCUUGUAAUAAAGAUAAUGAACAUCCGGGGAAGUCAAUGUAUAUCGAUUCCUA